AUGCUGAACGACAGUGUCACUCUGGCCAAAGAUGAUCGCCAGGUGCUUUCGCACGGAUUUCGUGCUGGCUUCUCCGUCCACCUUGGGAUAAUGAUCUCAGGUAUUCUACGCCCCGACCAUUUUUGGGACUUCCGCGGUGCCUCUGACGAGGUCUGCGAUGCUUAUGGUGGGCCCGUGGCUCACCUUCGAGGUGGCGCGAGCUGCAACCAGUGUGGCAUCUCCCUCGACGGCCAAGAAGCCUACGUUGAAAUCGAUCCCUGGGAAUGGGCCGGGCCAGUCACGUUUGAGACGCGGGUGCGCUACAACACGUAUGCGAAUCAAGCAGCUGUCCUUGCACUCGGCACGCUCUUGGAGGAUGGGCGAACCAAUGAUCUGUUUUCCAUUAUGAGCUACACGAUGUUUGUGGUUCGAGAAAGCCCCUUGCAGCUUUCCAGAGUAUUGGCAGACCAGCCCAUCUCGCUGGGUGACUGGUUCCAUAUAGUCGCAACCUCUGAACCUGGUUCAACGAUCAUGUAUAUCAACGGGGUGUUGGCUGGAAGCGUCCCGGAAGGAGUGAGAGCAAAGAGACUGCUGCGUAAUGCAUUCCUUGGCCGCUCCAUGAUCUCGGAGAACUUUAUGGAUGGCACGAUUUCGCAUGUCCGGAUUUGGCACGGGACCGCUUUGCCGCCCAGCAUGGUUGAAUUGCUCUACCAGGAAUCGCUGCUCCAAUGCUGA